AUGACGGAAUCUCCGGGCUCCCCCCUCUCCUCUAUUGCUUCCGACGACAUGUCGGAUCGCGACGACCUAAAGCAAGCCUUCUCCCCCUCGGGCUCCAACAUGCCUCCCUCAAAGCGUCGUCGCACUGGCGUUGCCUCUUGGGAUCGCAAUACUCCCGUUUCGACCACUUUCCAAGAUGAUCUCCCUCCUCCUUCUCCCUCCACCUCCAUCUCGUCCGAUACCUCCGGCGACAUUCCCAACUCUCCCAACACCCUCGCUCUCAUCGGCGGCAGUCAGGAUGACGACUACAGCGGCCAAGGCAACGAUCAAGUCACCGUCUGUCGCUGGGAUGGAUGCGACGCCGGUGAUCUAGGCAAUAUGGAUGGUCUCGUAAAGCACAUACAUGAAGAACAUGUCGGGAGCCGGCAGAAGAAGUACUCCUGCGAAUGGUCCGAUUGCAGUCGAAAGGGUCAAACUCACGCAAGUGGCUACGCGCUGCGCGCACACAUGAGAAGCCAUACGCGAGAAAAGCCCUUCUAUUGCGCUCUACCUGAAUGCGACCGCAGCUUCACUCGAUCAGACGCCCUUGCCAAACACAUGAGAACGGUUCAUGAAACAGAGGCGCUUCGUCCCUCCGACCCCGUACCCAAACACCACAACGUCGCUGCUUCGGCGGCAGGAACGCCGACCGCGACCCCUUCCGGCAAGAUCCAACGGUUGAAGCUGAAACUAUCGUUCCCACCGAAAGACGACGCAGGAGAUCACAGCGAAAGCGCCAAUGAGGACGCAGCAGGACUGGAGGACGACCUCCAGAUACCUCCUGGUGGAUUGGAGAAGGAGUUCGACACCUACGAGAUGCUGCUUGAAGGGCCGCAACUGUAUCGGCUGCUUCUGAGACAGAUCCACUGGGCACAGCAGGACGGUGCGGAGCUACGCGACGCAUGGGAGAAGAUUCGCGUCAAGAGAAAGGAAUCGUGGAUGGAGAAGGAAGCAAUCUUUGAUGACUUGAUGGAGGCCGAGGUACGAUUGUUCAAGCUCCUCGAUGAGAAAUUCAGCGUGGCCAAGUCUGCGCCGGCGAACGGGACGGAUAAUGCACCGCAGUCGGAGCAACGGCAGUCAGAGCCAACAGAGAUGGAUGUUGCACAGGACCAGGGGUCUGGGUCUGUUCCGCCAUGA